UUGCGCUCUCAUCGCUAGUUGCGGCGACUCUCACACAUCAAACAGUCGCGUUCCGAAGGAAAAGCAAGAUUUCUGAUCGUCUCUCAGUCAAACGAAAAGUGUCGACGAAUUGAGCGACACACAUUGCACAGAGAGACAUACACAGGCUAUCACUAAGUCACCGUGAAAAAAAGAAGAUUUUUUAUAUAUACAUACUGGCUGCGUGUGAAAGAGCGAAGCAGAAGAAAAAAAACCAAAAAAAAAAUAAAGAGAAAAAUUUACAGUGAGUUUUGAAAUUUUAAACAAGAAUAUAAAUCCAAACGCGACAGUUUUCAUCAACAACAAAAAAGAAGAAACCAAUUUCUAUUCUGGAUUUAAAUGGAAGGAGCAGAAUAUCAAGUUUGAAGAGAAAAAAAAAUUGGUUCAUUUUUAAUUUUCAACACAUCUUUUUAUUGCUUUGUGGUUUGUGUGCUCGUCGUGAAAAUAUUUGGUGAAAUUUCUUUCGGCAUUUAGAUUAUUCAGUGAAAUUACUGUUCAUAUAUGUAUAAAUAUGAAUUGAUUUUCUUUCCGUUGGCUUGGAAUAUAUUGUUGGUUUGGUACAAGCGAAGAAAAAAUAAACGGGAAAAUAUUGUUCGCAUUAUUUCGUGAUCCAAUGGAUUGGAUUGGGUAAACCCGAUAAUCUAAGUUCUAUAGUGCUAAAAAUUCAUAAGCAGCAGCAGCAUUUUUGUUAAUUAUACAAGCAUUUCAAAAUAAAUACGAACCGUUUAUAUUACGUUGUGAAUCCAUCGGAAAAAAAGAAAUACAACUCAUUAUAUAGUUUGUUAGAUUAGAGCACGAAAGUUAAAAAUAUACAUCCAUAUUUCUACAGCAACGGGGCAUAAAACGCAUAUAUUGAGAAACACCAAACAGGCAUUAAUACAAAACAAACAGCCACAAUAAUAACAACAACAAACAAAAAAUGAAAAAAAAAUAUUAAGAAUAAAUAUAUACGCGCGGACGAGGAGACACACACAAGCUAGCGAAUUCAACGAAAAUAAUUUCACAGGGUCAUGAACGAUCGAUUAAACCAAAAGUGAAGAAUCGUGGAGAAAACACGAUUCGAAAGCGGAAUAAAUCGUUUAACGAAAUAUCAAACGGUGAAAUCAAUAGGCGACCAACGAACGACAUCAAAAUUAACGAAGUCCCAACCAAACGAAAGCGGCCCAACGAAGAACACGAGAUAAAAUCAGACAAAGUGUUCCCGCUACAGGAGUGUGAGUUUUCUGGCUUUCUGCGACCAUCGAGUCUGACAGUUAUAGCGGCAGCAACAACAACAUCGACAACAGCAAUCAGCAGCAUCACCACCACCAUCAGCACAAUGGCAACCCCAACAGUUUGUACACGUUUCUCGGAUAAUUAUGAUAUCAAAGAAGAAUUGGGCAAAGGAGCAUUUUCAAUUGUAAAAAGAUGUGUACAAAAAUCCACUGGCCUAGAAUUUGCUGCAAAAAUUAUAAAUACAAAAAAGCUCACCACUAGAGAUUUCCAAAAGUUGGAGCGAGAAGCGCGAAUAUGCAGAAAAUUGCAGCAUCCAAACAUUGUACGACUUCAUGAUAGCAUACAAGAAGAGAACUUCCACUAUCUUGUAUUCGAUUUAGUUACUGGUGGCGAACUGUUUGAAGACAUUGUGGCUCGUGAAUUUUAUUCGGAAGCCGAUGCAUCGCAUUGCAUUCAACAGAUUCUUGAAUCGGUGAACCAUUGCCACACAAAUGGUGUGGUGCAUCGCGAUCUAAAGCCCGAAAAUCUACUGUUGGCAAGCAAACUGAAGGGUGCCGCUGUUAAAUUAGCCGAUUUUGGAUUAGCCAUCGAAGUGAUGGGCGAUCAACAAGCAUGGUUCGGUUUUGCUGGCACGCCCGGCUAUCUAUCACCGGAGGUAUUGAAAAAGGAACCAUAUGGUCGGGCUGUUGAUAUUUGGGCAUGCGGUGUCAUUUUGUACAUCCUACUUGUCGGUUAUCCACCGUUCUGGGACGAAGAUCAGCAUCGAUUGUAUUCACAGAUCAAAGCCGGAGCCUACGAUUAUCCAUCGCCUGAAUGGGACACAGUAACACCGGAAGCAAAGAAUCUCAUCAAUCAAAUGCUUACAGUCAAUCCAUUUAAACGAAUUACUGCUGCUGAAGCUCUUAAACACCCAUGGAUUUAUCAAAGAGAACGUGUUGCAUCUAUGGUUCAUAGACAAGAAACGGUUGACUGCUUGAAGAAAUUCAACGCACGUCGAAAACUUAAGGGUGCCAUCCUGACAACAAUGCUGGUUUCGAGAAAUUUCAACAGCAAGAAUUUAAUGUCGAAAAAGAGCGAUGGAUCUCAGGUCAAAGAGUCAACAGACUCAAGCGCAACAAUGGACGAGGACGAUACAAAAGACGACAAAAAGGGUGGUGUUGACCGUAGCACAACCGUCAUUGCCAAAGAACCGGAAGCCGAUGUCUGGAUUGCAUUGCCUGCGAAUAAGCCAAGCCAUCAAUUAUCCACAAACUCCCAAUGCUCAGCUCGUCGUCAGGAAAUUAUCAAAAUGACCGAACUACUUAUUGAGGCUAUAAACAAUAGCGAUUUUGAUGCUUACACAAAAAUAUGUGAUCCACAUUUGACAGCGUUUGAAACGGAAACAUUGGGCAAUUUGGUUGAAGGCAUGGACUUUCAUAGGUUUUACUUUGAAAAUGUAACAGGGAAAAGUUGCAAAGCCAUAAACACUACAAUUUUAAAUCCACAUGUACAUUUGCUUGGCGAUGAUGCCGCCUGUAUUGCAUACGUUCGAUUGACCCAGUAUAUUGACAAAGACCUACAAUCGCAUACACAUCAAUCGGAGGAGACGCGUGUAUGGCACAAGCGUGAUAAUAAAUGGCAAAAUGUUCAUUUUCAUCGAAGUACAACUGGACACACAAGUGGCACAACGUCGUUUGGAUUUGCUCCCCCACGCAAAUAAUUGAAUGCAAUUCAUAACAACAACGUCGAAUACCCUAGCCACCGUCGCCACAACCAACAACGCUACCACCACCAUGAUCAUCACCAGAACUACUACCACCACCAACCAAUACAUCAAAUUACAAAAAAUGACACACUCCAAAUCCACUGGGAUGUUCAGUUCCAGCUGAGGGAUCACUUUGUCGUUGCAUUUACUUGAGAAAGAAAAAGAAGAAAGAUAAAGAAGCAACAGAAAAAAGAAGAAUCUUCAACUAACAUAAAUUAUUAUGCCAACUUUCUUACUGAAUCGCUGUCUUACAGAAUAAAGUGUUAAGAUUUUUUCGACUUGUAUUCAAUCAGCUCGAAGCAUAUUUUUGAGCAUUAAACGAUAUAUUUUUUUUCGAGUGAACUAUUUAAAGGAAUUUGACUACAUUGUAGAUUGGUUGAGUACGCAAACCAAAGACAAGCUCGUAUUAGAGCCGAAAAAAUGACUAAAAUAUCCAUAAAAAUGCAACCAACAACAACGUCAAUAAGAAUCUAUUGCUGAGCCGUAUGGGAAUGCAGAUGUUGCUCUUCGGUUAUUGGAAAAUUGAAUGCAAUGUCACAGUUUGAAAUUGAUCGAAUGAGAAUUUUUGAACGAUUUCGUUUGCAUCAAAGAGACAACUCCAUGAAUGUAUACUCCCCGUUUUUUUUUAGACAUUGAUAAAAACGCAUUUAAUAAGUAAUUGAAUUUUAGUCACUUAAUUUAGCAUCAUGCAACAUUUUGUUGCUGUUGUUGUUCCUUUGAUUUUUUUGCUGUUGCUACGAACGGAUAGAAUUAGAUAGAUAGUCGCCUAUGCACAAAUAUGUUUUCUGCAAUGCAAACGAAGUCGCGAUUUACAAUGUCCUCAAUUCGAUAGCCGGUUAUUUCGUAUUGACACGCCAUCGAUUUUCGAUACCAAUCCAGUUAAUCGAGCUCAUUUUCACACCUCAGCCGUAGAAACAUUGCAAAUGAAACCACCUAAAUGUCUACAAACAUAACCUAAUCUCUCCUCUCCCCCUUUUAUUGAUAGAUAUUGAUGAAGAAAGUGCUAAAUAUUAAUCACAAACGGUUUGCAUCAGCAAAACAAAAUGAAAAUGAAAAAAAUACCUAAGCAAACAAGUUUUUUUUCUAAAAGAAAAAAAAACGAACUUUUGAUGUUAUAACCAAAAUGAAAUAUAAUCAUGACGUAAAAUAUUCUAUUUGUGACGACUACUCUCAAGGUAAUUAGACGGAUGAAAAUCAACAAAUCUAUUAAACCGCAUUAAGUGUAAGCAAAGAACAGUUAUUGAAAGAAGAAGAAAAGCAAGAACAACAAAAAAACUUCUAAAAAAACACACUAAACAUGAGAUUUAAGUGUAUAAAAUUAUGGCUUGUUAGAUAUAAAAAAAAUUGAAAUCAGAACGUUUUUUCUAGAACAAGUACUUUCGAUGAAAUGUUUGUCCUUUUUUCUUUUGUUUGCGGGAAAUACGAGAUUUCUGUUUUCUCGUAGAAUCUUCCUGUAAAUAUAUUAUAUAUAGUUAAAUUGAAGAAAACCAAACAAAAAAAGAAUCACAUACACACAUUGAAGAUGAAGAAGAUGAAGAAGAU